AUUUAAGUCUAUCUCACGCUGUCUGCAAAGUUGUAAAAAUGUAAUCAGACGACAUUUUACUUUCAAGAGUUUCUAAUUUUCACGUUUCAAUAUUUUUACUAAUUAAGUUAAUUGUUAGAUUAGGUGUAUUUUAGCUAUAAUAGUCUAAUGUAAUGUAAGGUAAGUCAGAUUCAAAGUCAAUCAACAAUUUUUAAAUUAAAACUUUAAAGCAAAGUAAUGUGUAAAUUUUACACUGUAAAAGUAAGUUAAUAAAUUAGAUCUCAAAAUUCUUUGGAAAUAUCUUUCUUAUGAUAAAAAACGAAAUAAAAAAUCAUGAAUAAAGCAUUGCUAAGUGGCAAAAACAUGAAAAUCUAUCGCCCCAACUUGAACUUACCACUGAUAACGUCUGCAUCUAAUAAUAAAAAUAAAAUGGACCUCAGUAGUAGGAACUUCACCUUCUCAUUCAAACCCUCGGAAUGGAAGGCCGCCAUUACUGAAGCAGAAAAAAUCGUCGGUUAUUCAACGUCAUUUUUGAGUUUGAGGUGUCUGCUCAGUGAUGAAUUGUCCAAUGUGGCCGUCCAUAUGAAGAAAUUAGUUGGCACCAGCCAUCCACUAAUCAAAACUGCUCAAAAACUAUUUCAAGAUGGCAAGCAAUCAAUGCAGACGAGAGGGUUAAUGGUGCUACUAAUCUCCAAAACUGCUGGCCCUGCUGUGGGCUCCAAUUUGCUAGAAACUAUGGUCAGCGGUAUUUAUCCAAGCCAAAGGACUUUGGCAGAGAUUACAGAACUAAUUCACAUGGCAACUCUAGUUCACAAAAGUGUUAUAGAUCUAUGCAACAUCUGCCUAACUUCGACGACCUUAGAAGAUAUGGAAUUUGGAAACAAGAUGGCAGUUCUCAGUGGGGAUUUCUUACUCGCCAACGCUUCUACUUAUUUGGCUUCACUCAAUAAUACCAAGGUGGUCUUUCUAUUCAGGAACGAAAGCGACGAUGGUAGUGAAGAUUUUAUCGGGGGUCCAAAGAAUAAGUUGAAAAGUGAACUUUCAAUGGAUAUGUGGGAAGAGCAGACAUAUUUAUCUAGUGGUAGUCUGUUGGCACAUAGCUGCCAAGGAGCAUUGACACUAGCAAGGCAUGAUCCAUCGUUACAGACGUCAGCUUUUCAGUUUGGUAGAUCCAUGGCUUUGGCUUUCCAAGUCUCUUUCUUCAUAUCUUCUCUCCUUGCUAAUAAUUUUUGUUUAGCAAAAUCUUGUCAUAUCUUUAUUUCAUCAAAAAAAUUUGAAUAUUAA